AUGUCCAGAAGGUUCAUCAAGAGAAAAUCCAAUUCAUCCAUCAAUUCGGAAACAGCCUUCUCGGAGCAGAAGGAAGAAUCAUCACCACUAGUAAUAGGAAAUAACGAACAGGAAACUCAAAAACAUGCAGUAUUGAAUGAUCAUAAUGGUGAUGUAAUUUUUGAUUUGGUAAUGGAUGAAAAUGAAAAUUCGGAAAGCAAUGAACAGCUGAAACAAAAUAUCGUAAGCGAUUUGGAUGACUGUGAUGGUUCAACAAUGGAACAUGAGAAUGGACAAAAUUUAUUAUUACCUAUAGCUCAACCCGAAAAGCAUAAAACUCCAAAGAAGAAGCGAAGGUUCCACAAAAAUGUACCAUCAUCGGCCGAGUCUUCCCCAAGUCCUUCGAAAACACUUUCCGAAAAUGAAACAGAAAAAUUCACAUUCAAUUCUGUCGCAGAAGAAAGCUCACAAAUCCAACCAGCACAGUCAAUAUCGUAUGAAUUUCAUAAUGUCCAACAAUGUGUUAACAAUGAAACGAGAGAUCAAGAACAAGUGCUACCAAUAGCGGCAACAGAAAACAAUGCAACCUCAAAAAGAACUACUAAAAGUUCAACAGAUGAUACCACAAAAGAAAAUAUAGUAAUCAAAACUACUAAGAAAGACUCUAAAUCAUCAAAGAAGACGAAGAAGAGACACUCAACUAUUGCUGCUGAAAUGUUAACAAUAGACAAAGAUAAUAAGGUCUGCAUUGGAGGCGAUCUUUAUUUGGUUAGAAAAGUGUCUAACAUGUAUGUGGUGGAUUUGAGCAAAUAUCUACCAUCUCUGUAUUCCAAGAAGGAUCUACCAGGUCCGCUCCAAGACUUAUUGGACGAUAACAAGUACUUGUUGAAUGAUGAAAAAGUGAAACUAAACAAACAAAUGUACAUUACAUGCACCAUGAACGCAUUGCAAGAAACAACCAACAAGAAAGUGUUACUAUUUCUUAAGGGAGCUGAAAAUAUUGGAGGAACUACAAUUCAAUGUCACAUCUGUAGAGCCCCAGAUGGGGCAAAAUUAAUUUGUGACAACUCGACUUUAUUCAAUAUUCUUCAUUUUGAACAAAAAUAUGAUGUUGGUAAGGAUAAUGUCAAUAAGAAGUUUUCAUUUCCGUCCUUGCCUUGCACCGCAAGUAUAUGUAAGGAUUGCAUUGAGAUCCAUGAUCAUGGUGAUUUUGAAUACUAUGCACAAAUUGGUCAUUUUGUUUGUCCUCAUUGUCGAUCCUGCUGCCCAAAUGACAGGUGUUACUCAAGAAAAAAUUAUCCAAAUGGAGGACUUGUGAAAUAUAAUGGAAGAAAUGCAGAGGAAGUUUUUGUGAGAUUGGCUACCAACACCAAGUAUGAGCUCAAAAAACAAAAAACAGAAGAAGUAAGCAUUGUUGAAAAGAAAGAGAGUCCAAAAGAAAAGUGUGAAGAGAUUGAAGCGAUUGCUGUAUCGAGCGAGACGAAUCAAUCAACCAUGGUGGAUGAAAAGGUGAAUUGCGUCGGUGAGUCACUAGCAUCCCUUCCUUCCAGAAAUCUAAGAAGCAAGAGCAUAAUCACAGUCACGAAAGAGUCAUCCUCUAAAAGCAAUGCUUCUUCUCAAUCGACAUCUUGUGGUGACACCGAGAUUUCAGAGAUAAACAAUGUCGGGUGUGUUUCUUUUUCCGCAACAGGCACAAGACAUGGCUUUCCAAACACAGAAGAACCACUUCAAGUGGCAACCUCUCUGUUUGAAACCCAGCAAGAUACCCCUCUAGCCACCUCGAAGCGAAAACGACCAUCCAGCAAAGGGACGAUACAGCUGAAAACAGGAUUAGUGGCAAGCUAUUUGAUCCGUUCUUUCUCGCGUCACUUUUCAAACCACAGGCAAACACAACGUGAACUGAAGAGCAAAACGUUCACAACACAGGAAAAGAAAGUCUAG